AUGAAUCCAUCUGCAUUACAAGUCCGAAUUCAGAAAAGCCUUGCUCGUUUCAAAGAGAGAAUCGAGAAUGGUGCUUAUUAUGAGGCACAACAGACUAUUAGAGCCGUCACUAAUAGAUAUGUUCAUAUUAAGAACUACGAGGCAGCCACGCAAUUACUCUAUCAAAGUGCAAUGGUUCUAACUGAAUACAAGAAAUAUGAUGAGGCAUCUGACCUCUAUCUAUACCUCUUGGAAGUUUUCACUUUGGAAAAGAAACAAGUGAAGGAAUUUGAAAACAGUGAUCUCAUCAAAAUAUUGGACUUUCUUAACGCUUUACCAGAUUCAGACGCCAAUAUUAGCAACUUAGCUACGGAAACGUUCAAGUUUACCACGUCCAAAAUGGGAACUGGUGUAGGAUUCCCUAAAUUGAACAGGUUGAUAGGUGAAAAAUUGUACUAUAGUGGAGAUGGUAAAGAGGUGAAUCUGAGCCAGCAAUUUUUGCUUCUUUCGGACGAAACAGAGUGUUUGACGCUUUUGGCGAACCUUUACUUUGAUUCGUAUAAAAAGGAGGGAGAUGUAUACGAUUUUGGAUCGUAUUUGGUUCGUCUGGUAAUUCCAUAUCUUCUACUAAGGAACGUUGAGUUUGCCCAAAAGAGUAUUAGCAUAAUGCUCAAAAAAUUGAAACUAGAACCCGAUCAGCCAUUCAAGUUCACCAAAGUGAAGGAAAUCGAGGUAGUGGAACUACAAGAAGAAACGUCUAAUAAAGGCUGCUCUCAAUUGGUCAACUUUUUACAACUCUUAGUGGCCACUUGCAAGAGGUCUGUAUCAGACAACGGUAAGAAUUUAAGGAUAUUGUAUCAUAGAUAUGAGAAAGUGAUAGACCAGUACUCUGGAAUGGCACAGAUGGUCGAUGCUGUGGGUCAGGAGUAUUUCAAGGUAAAUUUGAUCAAAAAGCAGUCAAAUCUACUUCAAGACAUGAUGGGCAGCUUUCUUGGAGGUGGAAAUAGUCGACAGAUACAAAGCUGA